CCCUAGCAUCUCACUCACACACACACACACACACACACAGUCGAUCACAGACGAACAGACUUAACCGCCUCCAUGCCGGAAAACACAGAAAUGGCUGAGUCGAAACCCUUGAAGAAGAGCCAGGAGGAUGAAGGGACUUGUGAAAAGAAGAAAAGCAAGAGGAAGAGUAAGGAGAGGAAGACGUGGGCUAGAGACGGGCUGCGGGACCCCUUUGAAGUUCUGGAUGCGCUGCCUGAGUCCAAGCAGCAGGAGAUCCAGAGAGCGCUGCACCUCUUCUCUCUGGGUCAGGGGCCCCCCAGGAGUCUGGCCGAGGCCCGCAGGCACACCUACCGCUUCUGGGAUACGCAGCCCGUGCCCAAGAUAGGUGAGGAGGUAAAUGAUCAUGGGCCAGUCCUGGAACAGGAGAAGUGUGUUCCACGCGAGGAACCGUACUCUCUGCCUGAUGGCUUCAGCUGGGCCACCCUGGACCUCCUGAACCCCGCACAGCUGGAAGAGUUGUGUGUGCUGUUGAACGAGAACUACAUCGAGGAGGAUGACAACACCAUGAGAUUUGUCUUCUCCCCACAGUUUCUGCUAUGGGCCCUGUGCCCGCCUGGCUGGCAGUGCCAGUGGCAUUGUGGGGUGCGGGUGAACUCCAACCAGAAGCUGGUGGGCUUCAUCAGUGGCAUCCCCUCUACCAUCCACGCCUAUGACACGUGAGCAGCUGUGUCCUCAGUAUGAAAUCGAUAGGAUAUGUUGAAACUAAACUUUCAAAACCUAAAUUUGGUCUCUGCAUUUAACCCAAUCAGUGAAUUAGUGAAA